AUGUCUACAAUAACAAGCAAGCUUGCCAGCGGCUCUUCUUCCGCCAGUGCAUCGACCCCCGCCGCCGCUAUCGUCGUGGGCUCUGGGCUUGCUGGUCUCUCCGCCGCAUCGCAGCUCAUCAGCCGCAACGUGCCCGUGUAUCUCCUCGAGCGGGCGUCCAAGCCUGGUGGAAACUCCAUCAAAGCCUCGUCUGGAAUCAACGGGGCGCCGACACGCUUCCAGCCGAUCCACGACACAUUGUUCUACGAUGACACUAUACGAUCCGCGGGCGCAGCGCUCAACGCGACAGCAUCGCUGACCGACCACCGACGCCGCCUCAUAUCCACGCUGACCAACGCCUCCGCAGGCGCGAUUGAGUGGCUCGUGGACGAAAAGGGGAUUGAUCUCAGCCGGGUCGCGCAACUAGGCGGACACAGCGUUCCACGUACGCACCGAGGAGCGGGAAAACUGCCGCCGGGCGCAGCAAUUGUCACUACGCUGCUUAAUUCGCUCAAAGCGAGUCCGCUGUUCCAUUUACAAACGGGAUGUCACGUAACAAGAGUUCUCCAUUCGUCGUCGAACAAUGCCGGGCAGAAAGGGACACAAACGCAAAUCCUUCACGGUCCUGUUAUUUUCGCCAGCGGCGGCUUCGCGGGCGACGCCAAAGGCAUGCUGGCCCAGUAUCGGCCAGACCUGGCAGGGUAUCCAUCAACAAACGACCCGCGCGAAGGGUCGCAGAAGUUGUUAUCUGCCGUAGGAGCGCAACUACUCGACAUGGACCUCGUGCAAGUCCACCCGACAGGAUUCGUGGAUACAUCGAGCCCGACGAGUCCGCUCAAGUUUCUCGCCGCAGAGCUUCUUCGCGGCGAAGGCGGCAUUCUCGUCCGUGGCGACACGGGGCAGCGCUUUGUCAACGAGAUGGAAACGAGAGAAUAUAUCACCAACGUCAUUACUAAACUAGCUCCGCGCACUUCUUUUGAUAACUCUCCUGAGACUAAAGUACCCAAGCAAUGGGACGUCCUGCUUAUUCUCGACCAAGGCACCUACGAAGCCGCACCAUCACAUAUCGAUUUCUAUCUCUGGAAGGGCCUCAUGAAGAAGACGACAGUUGGAUCACUGGCACAACAGCUAAACGACCCAGCCGGGCCUCCGUCGGAAUCUGCGCUUCUCGAGACCCUCAAGUCUUAUGCCGCCACAGUGUCUACUCAAAAGGACGCCCGCUUCCACCGUAAAACAUUUGGUCAUUGGCGCCUGACUGAUCCAGCUACAAUUACCCCCGAAACGACCAUCUAUGUGGGUCGCGUGACGCCCGUGGUCCAUUUCACUAUGGGCGGAGUACUUAUCGAUGAGAACGCCCAAGUACUACGACCAGACAGCACGCCGAUCAAGAAUGUCUGGGCGGCAGGCGAAGUCACCGGUGGGAUCCAUGGAGAUAAUCGCCUCGGUGGAUCGUCGUUGCUCGAGUGUGUCGUGUUUGGAAGAAUAGCAGGUGAUCAGGCUGCAGAGAGUCUCCUGGAGAGACGGCAAGAGCAUAAGGAGUUGAGGGUAUAA